GAAACAGUUCAAGAGAAGAAAGUGGUGAACAUCACAGCUACUUUGGAGUCAUGAACACUGACACUACAGCUCAGAACUCUGAGCACAGCAGUAACACAUUGAGCUCCGCUUCACCACCUUCAUCUUACUAUGUACCCCUCAAAUUAGAUGAGUAUGAAACAUCAGGCUUCAGCAUCAAGAAGUUCCUCAAGAAAGCCAAAGAGAGUUGCAAAUGUGACCGCCAAAGUAUUAUUCACUUCUUCAUCAAGCUGUUCCCUGUAUUGGAGUGGCUUCCUCGUUACAGUAUCAAAGACAAACUGCUUGGAGACGUCAUCUCAGGCAUACUGGUUGGAAUAGUUGCCAUCCCACAGUCGAUCUCUUAUGCCCUCCUAGCCAGCCAGGAUCCUAUCUAUGGGCUCUACACCAACUUCUUCUGUCCUAUUAUCUACUUUGCCAUGGCCACCUCACACCAUAAUUGUGUGGGGUCUUUUGGUGUCCUUUGCCUGAUGAUCGGGGAAUCGGUAAACCGGCAACUGAGGUUAGCGGGAUAUGAGUCAGACACUGGUGCUGACUUAGCUUUGAAUGUCACAUUAAAUGGGACACUGGCCUGUGACAAAAGUUGCUAUGCAAUCACAGUGGCAACUACUUUGACAUUUUUGGUUGGGCUUUACCAGAUACUUCUGGCAGUCCUGCAGCUAGGCUUCAUUUCUGUUUAUCUCUCUGAACCCCUCUUGAGUGGCUUUGUGACUGGUUCCUCUCUUACCAUCAUCACUUCCCAAAUGAAUCUCCUAUUGGGGGUUAAAAUACCACGUCACGACGGAAUAGGCUCUCUUGUCUUAACAUGGGUUGACAUCUUCAGAUACAUUGGCAAGACCAACAUCUGUGACCUAGUCACCAGUUUGGUUGCUUUGGCCGUCAUUGUGCCAGUCAAAGAGAUCAACAACUACUUCAAGGACAAAAUGAAGGCCCCUUUUCCUAUAGAGCUCCUGGUGGUCAUUGCUGCUACUCUGCUAUCCCAUUUCUUAAACUUCAAUAGCAGAUACAACUCCAAAAUCUGUGGCAGCAUUCCCACUGGUUUCAAACAGCCUGCUGUUCCAGAUCUGACCCUUGUGUCGAAUUUGGCCCUGGAUGCCAUCCCUAUUGCCAUCAUAGGUUUUGCAAUGACUGUCUCCCUGGCAGAAAUAUUUGGCAAGAAGCACGGCUACCCCGUCCGGGCAAACCAAGAGAUGAUCGCCAUUGGCAUGGGCAAUCUGAUUCCAUCUUUCUUUUACUGCUUUACUACUUCUGCGGCUUUGACCAAGACCUUGCUGAAGGAAUCCACAGGAUGUUUUACCCAGCUAUCAGGCUUGAUCUCUUCAGUGGUUUUACUCCUGGUGUUGCUGUGGAUUGCUCCUCUCUUCUAUUCUUUGCAAACUUCCAUCUUGGGGGUGGUUACUGUUGUGAAUCUGAGGGGAGGCUUGCGUAAAUUCGCUGACAUUCCCAAGAUGUGGCGGAUCAGCAAGAUAGACACGGUGAUUUGGUGGGUCACCAUGUUGUCAUCCUCACUGAUCUCUACAGAGCUGGGGCUGCUGAUAGGGGUCUGCUUUUCCCUUCUCUGCAUCAUCUUCCGUACCCAGAGACCCCGAGCUACCCUUUUAGGUAAAGUGAACGACUGUGAAAUCUAUGAGGACCAGUUCACUUACAAAAGAAUCAACUGUGUUGCGAACAUCAAGAUCUUCCGCUUUGAUACCUCCCUUUACUACGCAAACAAGGACUACUUCAAAAGUUCACUUUUCCAGAAAACAGGAGUCAAUCCUUCUCUGGUGGCUGCUUUGCAACAAAAAGCCGAAGCAAAUAUCACCAAGAGAGGAGCCAUAAAGCCUUCAACAGAUAUACCUGCACCAGCCAUAGACAUGCAUACCUUAAUAAUUGACUGUGGUGCCAUGCAGUUUAUAGACAGUGUGGGCCUUAGUGUCCUGAAGGAAAUGCGUCAGGAUUAUAAGAAGAUUGGUGUCCAGGUCUUGCUGGCUAAUUGUAACCCAUCCAUCCGGCAUCUACUCCAGGCAGGUGGUUGGUUGACUGGAAUGGAAGAUACAGAAUUGCUCUCCUUCCACAGUAUACACACUGCAGUGCAAUUUGCAGAGAAACAGGAUCAAUGCCAACAGCUACUCCAAAAAGUAACAGAUGAUAAUUCCCUAAGCCCAGAACCCCAGGACGCCUUAGUAGAUUCAAGUCUGGAGGGACCACUGUAG